AUGUUGACACCGGCAUUUCAUUUCAAUAUUUUGCGAAAGCAUGUGGAAGUAUUUAACGAACAAACAAAGAAUAUGCUAGAAAAAUUAGACAAAUAUUGUGACACGAAUGAAACUUUUGAUUUGUUACCUUAUUUGCGACGCUAUGGAUUGGAUGUCAUUGCUGAGACAACUAUGGGUGUUAGCAUUGAUGCACAAAAUCGCUGUAACAAUGAUGCGUACUAUGAAGCGAUUGAAGUGGUAUUUAAUUUAAUGUGGGCAAGAAUCCGAUAUCCGUGGUACUGGUUCGCAGCUAUUCGUUGGCUCACCGGUUUUGAUAAGAAAUUAGAUUAUUACUGCAAUAUCUGCAAGAAAUUAACAAGUGAAAUAAUAGCAGCAAAGAAGAAGGAAUGGGAAGCGUUUGAUAAUCAGCCAUCCGUGGACGAUUUAUCAGCUAGCGGGAAGAAGCAAUUGACUUUCAUGGAUUUACUCUUCAGCGUUCGUAAUGAAUAUAAUUUGACUGAUGAAGAUAUUCGCGGUCAGGUGGAUAUGUUUAUGGUCGCUGGAAGUGAUUCGGUAUCAGCUCAAAUUGGUUUCAAUCUAUUUGCACUGGGGCAUCGACAACAUUAUCAGGAUAAGAUUUACGAAGAAAUCAGACGUGUCCUCGGUGAUGCAGCACGUGAUAUUACGAUGGACGAUGUUAAUGAGCUUAAAUAUCUUUUUCAAUGCAUUUGCGAAACGGGACGCAUAACGCCAAAUAUUGUAUUAAUGGCAAGGAAAAUCGAUAUUGAACUUAACCUCUGUGGUUAUACGAUACCAGCUGGUAUUACUUGUUGUAUAUCACCGUUUUCCAUCAUGCGGGAUCCAAAACAUUAUGACAAUCCAGAGAAAUACGAUCCCGAACAUUUUGCCCCGGAUAAGGUGAAAAAUCGUGACCCGUUCGCAUAUGUACCAUUUUCUGCAGGCAUUCGAAAUUGUAUAGGUAAUAGAUUUGCCAAUUUGGAAUUGGUAGUAACUUUGGCUCACAUUUUGAGACGUUAUCGAGUUAUUUCAAUGAUA